AUGUCUCGAAACCCACCCAUCUCGCCACUGCAGCCAGACAGCUACCCUCAACCUCGAGAAGCCGCACCGCAAUCCGUAUUGCGUGCUGGGUCACAGCAGUGGAAUAUAGUUCAGCGCGACAGCAGUGCAGACGAAGUCGAAAGUGUGGAAUUCCCUAUCCGAAAAUCACCCAGCCUCGCUCCCCCAGACCAAGAAGACACUCGCCGAGUCUCGUCGGGCAGUAUGAACACGUUGUUUGGCUCUUCUAGCGACGACGAGCUUUCAAAAAGAUACUCUUUCUCCUCUUACCAACAUCCAUACGACAUUCCAACCCUCCCUAAUGCCUACGCUGGUGUUCCUAUCGACCAAAAUACGCCGCCUCGCUCUCGUCAACAGCGCAGAGUUAGCUUCUCGGAUGAACCCCAAGUCAACGAAUACGAUCAAGAGGCACAGAUCAACUCGAGCGACCGUACUCCACUCAAGCGUCGUGGUAUUCUCUCAAACAUGAUGGAUUUGUAUGCUCUAGAACAUGGCUUGCACGAUGAUCAGCCUAAUGACUCUCAAGAAGAACUUCGUGGACCUUCACGCUAUCCUAAUCGCUCUCAGUUGAAUCGACGCAUCUCCACCGACUCAAAUCAUUCUGAUUUACUGGACCCAGAUGACCCUCGUGUAACUGGAAUUGUCGGACGUAAUCUUGAUGACCAUCAAGAGCUGGACAAGAGCGUACUUCGAACUAUGGACUACAAAAGUCGUCGCAAGUAUCUUAUGCGCGUCAAAAUCGAGUUCAACGUUUCAACCAUGAUGCAACGUCAAGACUUUCUCCUGAAGUUGGCGCGAGCUUUGAUGACCUUUGGAGCUCCUUCUCAUCGAAUUGAGUCGCAACUCAUCGCGGCAGCGAGGAUAUUGGAAGUCGAAGCCGAGUUCAUUCAUCUUCCUGGCAUCAUAAUCUGUUCCUUCGGCGACCAAGAAUUGGGCUGCUCUGAGACUCACUUCAUCAAAUGUGGCGGUCGACUCUCGCUCGGCGCGUUGCACAAGGUCCAUGUCAUAUAUCGCUCAGUCGUUCACGAUGAAAUCAGCGCUGCUGAAGCGGCUAACAGACUAGAAGCUUUACUCAAUGCUCCUGCUUUGUAUCCAAUUUGGAUCCGGUGUCUACUCUCCUUUUGUCUCUCGGCAUUGAUUUGCCCGCUGGCGUUCGGCGGCUCUUUCUUGGAUAUGUGGAUAGCAGGCUGUGGGGCUUUGGUCCUAUCCUACCUUCAACUUUGCGCAGCAACAAAAAGUGCCAUAUAUGCCAACGUUUUCGAAAUCACAAUCGCCAUUUUCGUUUCCUUCACGGCUCGUGGUCUUAGCAGCAUCCGCAGCCACCUAUUCUGCUAUUCCGCUAUAUCUUCGGCUGGGAUCAUUGGUAUUUUACCAGGUUAUCUAAUCCUCAGCAGCUCUUUGGAGUUAGCCUCAAAGAAUAUUGUCUGUGGUAGUGUCAAAAUGGUGUAUGCUCUUAUCUACACACUUUUCCUGGGCUUCGGUCUUCAAAUAGGGUCAGAUUUUUAUCUCCUUUUGGAUCGUCCGGCCCGAGAACAGCUCCUUGCGCUAUCGACAACGUUACAAACGUCUUCGACACUUUCUGGGACGUGGACGGCGGACAAUUUUUCCCAGGAUCAAGAUGUCGUCCUCCCUGGUAUGGGUACAUGGACAUUCGUUCAACUUAUCCAACCACACACUAUGGAUAUUGUCAAUGGUUGUUACCGGCCAGUAAACUUUCCGUGGUAUCUCCAACCCUUCCCGUUGUGGUGCAGCUUUAUCAUCGUUCCUUUGUUUUCGUUGCUGUCUUCCCUGGCCAAUCUUCAACCCUGGCGAAGCAGGCAGCUGCCCGUGAUGGUGGUCAUCUCGUGUUGCUCGUAUGCGACGAACAAGAUAGCAAACCACUAUAUCUUCAAUCGCUCGGACAUUGUUUCUGCUAUUGGCGCAUUCACCACUGGGGUAAUGGGCAACGUUUAUUCGCGUAGGAUGGGUGGGACGGCGUUUACAUCUAUGGUUACUGGCGUGCUUUUUCUAGUUCCAUCCGGACUCUCGCAAGCUGGUGGCAUCACAGCCAGCGGCAAUGGAAUCGACAUUGGUGGGGCUAUGAUUGCCGUGACCAUCGGAAUCACUGUCGGGCUGUUCAUGAGUCAAGCACUAGUCUACACUUUCGGGAGUAGGAAAAAUGCCGCCGUUUUCUCAUUUUAG